AUGUCCCAGGAUAACUUGCUCGAACAGUUGUUGAAGAUGGAGGAUCUUUUCAAGAAAUAUGAGCAAGCAGCGAACAAGCCGGUGUUUGAAGAGGUCAAAUCAGCUCUUUUGCUUCGUGUUUUGCCUCAAAAUGUGAAGUCCCACUUGACUGUGAGCAUCAACGAAUCAACGAUGAAUCUACGUAUGAUCAGAUGUCUUGCUCCCAUGGAUGUGGACAGGGUCAAGGGCAAGUGGGACAAGGACAAGGGCAAGGGCAAGUACAACUCUGGGAUGGUCCAGCACUAUGAUCUCCACAUGAAUGAUGGAGAGCAGGAGGUCAUUGAGUGUCCGCUGAGUGCCUGUGAAGUUCACGACCUAACCAUGUUUGAUGCGUAUGAGGCUGACCAAGCAUGGGUGUCAAGUGCACAG